UACAAAUGUUUAUAUUUACUUCCGGAACAAAUAGCGCCAGAUUUAACGUUUUAAUUUGUCAACAAAAUGCCAUCAAAGAAGAAAGUAAGAGCGAGUCCGAAGAGUAAAGAAACUCCUAUGGAUGUAGAGGAAGACAAUGAAAAUAUUCCACACAUUGAUCAGCCCCAAGUCUCGAUCGGAAGUCGUGGUUUUAAUCCGGAAGAUUAUGGUGAGAUUGAUGUGCCAGCCGCGCCAGAGGGUGUUGCCUCGUACGAUAUCAACGGUCCACGUCUGAUGAUCUCAAAGAUUGUCAAUGAGAAUUUCAAAUCAUAUGCUGGAGUAAAAGAACUUGGCCCCUUUCACAAGAGCUUCACAUCAAUAGUUGGUCCCAAUGGUAGUGGCAAGUCAAAUGUGAUAGACUCGAUGCUUUUUGUGUUUGGGUACAGAGCAUCUAAAGUUCGGUUAAAGAAACUGAGCGGCCUGAUACAUAACAGCGAAAACCAUCUCAACAUUGGAGGAUGUACAGUGACGGUCUUUUUCCAAAAGAUCAUUGAUAAUGGGAUUGGCGAAGAUGACUUCACAGUUGUUCCUAACACUGCAUUCAAUGUGUCACGCACUGCGUUCAAAGAUAAUACAUCUCACUACAGUAUCAAUGGAAAACGCUCCACAUAUAAGGAAGUUGCCACACUGCUGCGGGCUAGUGGAAUUGACUUGGACCACAAUAGAUUCCUUAUCCUUCAGGGUGAGGUUGAGCAGAUUGCCAUGAUGAAGCCGAAAGGUCAGACUGAGCAUGAUGACGGGAUGCUGGAAUUUCUCGAAGAUAUCAUUGGCAGCAACCGGUUUAAGGAACCGAUUGAAGUACUUGCAAAACGGGUGGAGUCGUUAAAUGAGCUGAGAGGAGAAAAGAUGAAUCGUGUUAAAGCAGUUGAAAAGGACAAGGAUGACUUGGAGGAUGCUAAGAACGAGGCUGUCGAGUUCCUCACAAUUGAGAAUGACAUCGUGAAGCUGAAACACAAGCUCUACCAGAAAUACAUAUCUUCAUGCCAGAGUAACGAAGAGAAAUUCAAGGCCGAGUUUGACAAGGUGAAUGCAGGAAUGGAGGAAUUCAACGAGAAAAUGAAGGAAAUAACCACGCAGAAGGAACAAAAGAGCAAGAAACAGAAGAAAAUUAUGAAGGCUCAUGACGAUCUGACCAAGAAGUGUGAAGAAGAUAAAGAGAGGUUCUCGGAGUUUGAGAAAACUGACGUGAAAAUGCGAGAGGACCUGAAACAUUCAAAGGCCAAGGGCAAAAAACUGGAGAAAAGUGUCGAACAGGAGAAGAAAAAGAUCGUAGAACUGGAGGAGGUCCCCGCCCAGGCUCAAAAGUCUAUCGACGACCUGGAGAAGAAGAGAUCUCGACUGGAAAAGGAGAAAGAGAAGGAAGAAUUGAAGCUGAAGGAAGUCAUGGACAGUCUUAAGACAGAGACACAGGGUUUACAAGUUGAAAAAGACAAGAAAGAGGAAGAGCUCUUGGGCUUACAGAAGUCCGUCAAUGAGAAGAAAUCUAGGUUGGAGGUAGCCCAGUCUGAGCUGGACCUGUACCUGCACAACCAAACCCAGGAGACGAACAAGCUGAACGACCUGACAAAGAAACUUGAGCGAACCAAGGACACGCUGAAAGAACGUUCCAAGGAGGUUAGUGAAUUGGAGAAGAGACUACCAGGCCUAGAAAACAGUGUGGAGAAAUCUCAACAAGACCUUGAGGCUGCUGGCAAGAGAGAGGGGGAAAUAGCUGAAGAGGUUCAAGUAAUACGUAGGAAAGUAGAGGAGGCUCGAAGUUCAAUGGAGACAAAUAAGAGUCGUGGCAAAGUGCUGGAUUUCAUUAUGAACCUCAAGAAGGCUGGGACACUGCCUGGAGUUUGUGGAAGACUGGGAGACUUGGGUGCAAUUGAUGAAAUGUAUGACGUUGCCAUAUCAACGGCUUGUGGAACAUUGGACAACAUUGUCGUAGAAAACAUGGAGACUGGCCAGAAAUGUGUGGAGUUCCUCAAGAAAAACAAUGUCGGACUGGCCACAUUCUUGAGCCUUGAUAAAAUGGAUAGAUGGACACAGCUGGCUAAUAAAAAGAUUAACACGCCACAAAAUGUUCCCCGUCUGUUUGACCUUGUGCGUAUGAAGGACAAUAAGUAUAAGAACGCGUUCUACUUUGCCCUGCGUGAUACCCUGGUAGCGAAAGACCUGGAACAAGCCACGAAGAUUGCGUACGGGGCCCAGAGGUUCCGAGUGGUUACGCUCACAGGGCAACUGAUUGACACUUCAGGUACAAUGACAGGUGGAGGGAGACAGGUGUUCAAGGGUCGUAUGGGCUCCAGCGUUGCCACAGAUGUGGACACCAAGGACCUCGCUAACAACGAAACUAAACUGAAAAAGUUAAUGACAGAAGGUCAGCAGUGCCGAGGCAAUAAGGAGAAACUUGAAGAUCAGAUCAAACAGAACAAGAAGGAUGUGACCCAUGUACAACACUCCGUACAGAAAAUAAACAACGAGAUUAGGGCACUGAAGGAGCAAGUUACAACGCUAGACGGACAGAUUGUGGACCAGAAGGAACGGGUUAAGGCCGCUGCUCCCGAUGAGAAGGAAUUGAAACAGCUGGAGAAAACUGUGGCAGAGUACAAGAAAGAUUACCAGAAGGUUGCUGAUGUUGCUAACAAACUUGAAGCUGAGGUUCAAGAACUACACAACCAGAUUAUGGAUAUUGGUGGGUCGAAGAUGAACGCUGCCCAGUCCCGUGUCAACUCAAUACAGUCGCAAAUUGACCAGGUUGAGGGUCAGAUCACUAAGGCAACCGUUGGAGUGAAGACCUCAGAAAGAAAUCUCAAAAAGGCACAGGAUAAAGUUGAAAGCCUUCUAGUUGAGAUAGAGGAAAAUAAGGAGAAUGUGAAACAGCUGGAAGAGAGCCUUACCAAGUUAGAGGAGGAGGCGACUCAAGUGAUGGAGGCCUAUCAGGAAUCUCAGGACACCAUGAAGGCAGCGGAGACGGCAUUGACGGAGGUGAACAGAGACCUUGCCAAGCUGGAGGAUGAGGAGAAUGAGAUACAGAAGGAGGUUAUUGAUGUGAAGGCAGAACUAGACAAGUUCCAGAACCAUAUUAAGGAAAACCAAGCCAAGAUCAAACAUUGGAAGAAAGAGAUGUCUCACCUCGCUUUGACACCCAUAGACAGACAAGAACCUGAAGAGUUGCCUGAAAUCACAGCUGAGGAGAUUGAAUCACUGAACAAGGAAGAGACGAGUUACCAGAUAACGAUUCUCGAGGAGAAACUCACACAAAUGAAGCCAAAUAUGGCGGCUAUUGCAGAAUAUAGGAAAAAGGAGGAACUAUACCUACAACGAGUUGCAGAACUCGACCAGAUCACAGAGUUCCGAGACAAACAGCGCACUUACCAUGAGGAUCUGCGUAAACAAAGGCUUGAUGAGUUCAUGGCAGGCUUUAAUGUGAUUACGUACAAGCUGAAGGAGAUGUACCAGAUGAUCACGCUGGGAGGAGACGCGGAACUGGAGCUGGUGGAUUCCCUUGAUCCAUUCUCAGAAGGCAUAGUUUUCAGUGUUCGACCACCCAAGAAGUCUUGGAAAAACAUUUCUAACCUAUCUGGUGGUGAGAAAACUCUAAGUUCCCUAGCGCUCGUGUUCGCUCUUCACCAUUAUAAGCCUACGCCCCUGUAUGUGAUGGACGAAAUUGAUGCCGCUCUCGACUUCAAAAAUGUCUCCAUUGUGGCCAACUAUAUAAAGGAGAGAACGAAGAAUGCCCAGUUCAUCAUCAUCUCGCUGAGAAACAACAUGUUUGAGCUUGCUGACAGACUGGUUGGCAUCUACAAGACAGAUAACUGCACAAAGUCGGUCACCAUCAACCCAAAUAAACUCUCCAUACCGUUGAAGGAGGUUGACGGAAACGUGGCCUAAAUCAAAUUAUCUUUUGUGACUGUAUAUAUUAUACUUAUGGCAUGAUAUUUAGCAUGUCUAAUGUUUCAGUAGACAAUGAUGAAUCGUUCACAUUUUCAAUAUUUAUUUGGCAACAUUGUUUAAAAAUAAGCAGAUGUGCAUACCGAACCUUUAGCCUGGUUCAUUUGAUUUCAUGUUUGUAAUAAAUUAUGCCCUCAUUGCCUUCAUUGUAAUACUUCUGCUUCUUUAUACGCAAAAUGUAUAUACAUAAAACAAGUAUGUCCAUGUUUGCUUUUAAUGUCACUCGAUUUUCUAUUUCCUGUGCCUUUUGUAUUUUCUGUAAUUUUUGUAAAUUCUAUUUCUAGUAAAAUCGUAUAGUCUGCCACCUCUGUCUUAAUCAUAACCUACCACAUGUGUUCAUUUAUAUAUUGUUUAUUAAAUUAGAUCAUACUG